AUGGCCUCCCGUUCUAUGUCUCUCAUCCGCGCUGCCGCCCGUGCCCGCCCAGCAACGUUAAGACCGGCCUCUCGCUCACUCGCAACCACUUCGCGCGUGGCUUCAGAUGCUGCGGCACCAGCGGCACCAGCAGACCCGAAGCUCAGCAAGAUGGUUGACGACAUUGCUGGCUUGACCUUGCUGCAAGCCGCAGACCUUGUCACUUUAUUGAAGACAAGGUUGAAUAUCCAGGAGAUUGCCAUGCCGUCUGCGGCACCAGCUGCAGCACCCGCGGCGGCGGCUGAGGAGGCGGCUGUCGAGGAGAAGCCGAAGGAGAAGACAAUAUUCACCGUCAAGCUUGAGUCCUUCGAUGCCACAGCAAAGCCGAAGAUCAUCAAGGAGGUCAAGGCGCUUGUACCCAACUUGACGCUUAUGGAUGCCAAGAAGUUCGUCGAGUCGCUGCCGCAAACGCUCAAGGAGAACUUGCCGAAGGAGGACGCCGAGAAGCUCAAGGCGGUAUUCGAGAAGCUCGGUGGUGUCGUCAAGCUCGAGUAG